CUCCCCUCAAUAAGCAAAGCAACCUUCAACAAACAAAAUGAGUCCCAGCAUCACUACUGAGGCCGACCAGCCUCUCCCUGCCAGGUCCACCGUGGCCCAGAGAAAACAAGCCAACGAACUGAGAAAGACUCUCAAACCCUUGUUGGAAAAGAGAAGACGUGCUCGUAUCAACGACAGUCUGAGUCAUUUGAAAAGUCUCAUCCUUCCUCUGGUUGGCAAAGACAACGCACGCUACUCCAAGUUGGAGAAAGCUGAUAUUUUGGAAAUGACCGUACGCUUCCUCAGAGACCUUCCUUCCACUCCCGUCAAAGAUUCCGCAGACAGUUACAGAGAAGGUUUCAAAGCCUGCCUCCAGCGCGUCUCCACUCUGCUUCCCAAAACAAGCUUGGAUCAAGACGCGUGCCAGCGGGUGAACGAAUUCGUUCAGCAGUCCUCCUCCACCACCGUUACCCCAACCUGCCUGAACUGCUGCGCUCAGAGCUCCAGGACUCUCCCUCAGAUCCAACAGAAACUCCUGAGCCUCAAAUCCAGCUUUAGCUCCAGACUGGAGAGCCAGUCCCGCGGCAGCAGCGGCGUAGUAGCUCCCAGCUGCGCGCAGCCCAGCCAGCAAACAGUCAGCGCUGCCAUGUGGAGACCUUGGUAGAUUAGAUAGACACUUGUUACUUGUUAUUUAUUUUGUGAUGUUAUUUAUGCUAUUUGUAAUCCAAUAUAAUAAGCACCAGCGAUUAAGAAUUGUUGAAGAUGCUGUACAAUAAUGUAAUUCAGCAUUUGGAUCAUUUUGCGUUCAAUGCCAGAGAGCAGAAGAGCACAGAUCUUAAAGAAACGGAAGUCUAUGGGCUUUUUAAAAUGCAAUCCUCUUUGGGGUUUCAAAGACAUGGGUUGUACACAACACUUUUGUAAAACCCCAAGGGUUAUUUUGUUUGAGGUUUGCACUAUG